AUGAAAACUGCGACAGAGUCAUUCUCCGCCGGGCGAAGAAACACAGAGAGUACCGUCCUCUCGCGAGUCCUCUUCUCUCUCAGAGCUCACGUGCUCCCCCUUCUCCCCUCCGAGUACGCGCAUACUCCUGCCUUUACUCCGGCCACUCCUGCUCCUGUGCCUGCACCCCAAUGCUUGGUUCAUUCCGCGCUCACGUGGGAAUCCUGCGGUGAUGCCAGGCCUCCCGUCUUGGACUGGGCAGCAGCCUCUGUCAUGCCGCAAGUGGGCAUGGGAUCUACUGCACCUUACUUAGGGAUUGUCAGCAAUGCUGCCCUUGAUGAAAUCAUUAAGGAAUCCAGUGCGGAUACACUCAAAGCCAGAGAACUACAACUACAAGGGAUUCGCGAUAACUACAAGAGACGGAAGGCAGCAAUGUCAGAAGAACGGCUUGCUGCUUUCCGGGAGCGAAACAGACUUGCUCAGCAGCGGCUAUGUGCUAGUGACCCAGACAAGUGCCAUAAGACAGAAGCAGAAAGCACAGUAUCAAGAGCCAGGGAUAUACUAGGGAAUACCGCCGUAUUCAAGAUGAUGAUAUCAGGGAACGAGAAGCUGCGCUGCCGGAACAUGCCAAGGCAGCAAGGCGAGCUCGCUUUGCUUAACCCCAAGCCAAAGCGCAUUGUCCCUGCAAAGAACAAGAAACGGAACGUCAGCCACCAAGUUCUGACCUUUCAAAUCGCCUUUCCACAUGCGUUAUGGCAGAUCCAUUCCUAUGCCGACGAAAUGGGACUGUUCAAGAGCUCGCCAGGAUACUCGAUGAUGAGACGGUAG